AUGAGAAGUCUUGAUAGCCGAUUCCUUUUCAAGCAUAACAUCGAUACUGCAAUUACAUAUUUGAAUAAGCGACUGCCAUCGAUACAAAAAACGUUCAAAAGAACAUUUGAAGAAGUUUGUCCUGCUGCUCCAACAGUUCUGAAUAAGAAGGUAAUCGAUAGCAUGAUUGAACUGUUUGAGGAUGUGGAUGAUAAAAUUCAAAAAGAAACGGAUAGGAUGAUAAAAAGAGAUGAUUGUUGGGAUGAAAAGUACUUCUAG